AUGUAUACAUAUAGGUUAACUAAGAGUCAAAGUAAGUGUUCGCAGAUCCUCUCCUCCACCAUCAUAAACUGCUGAGGGUGCAGCAGAAUUCACACUUCCUCCACAAGUCUGUUUGAUAUAUGAGGAAGUCCGUCUGGUUUCCACUUCUGUCGAAAAAUCAACACACCGUUUAGAUGAUUUCUGGGGAUCCUGAGCAUAAGAUGUCCUGGACGAUGACGCCACCGAAGACACGGUGUCUCCUGCCCCGCGCUGCCCUCCUCUUCCUGUCCAUCGUUCUCACAGUGGCUGAAGUGGUAAAGUCCGUGUCGGACUGCGACCAGUUUUUCCUUGAGGAAACUCCACCACAGGUCCCAGGCAUCUUGGAGGGCGGAAGAAUCCUGAACCAGAACCGAUACAAACCCAUUUGCCAGACUUUUGAGAACGAGAGAAGGUUUGUGACGCUCUACGACAUCAAGAACAAGAUCCCAGUGUUUUCUGCUUACAAGUACAGAGGGGGAGUGGGAAACAGACCCUUGAACGACUGGAAGAUAGAGCCUCAGCUUGAGGAGGAAGACGAAGACGAGAACAUGAUGCUUGUGGACAAAAAUAAGACCUACAUCCACCAGGCUGGGAACAUUGAUUACAGACGCAAUGGUGUGUUUGACAGGGGCCAUUUAUUUCCAAGCUCCCAUGCGUUCAACAGAUCUGACAAAAAGUCUACCUUCACCCUGACAAACAUCGUUCCACAAGCUGCCAGAUUCAACCAGGGAAGCUGGAACAAAAUGGAGAUGUGCAUCAAAUGUGUGAUGGACAAAUACUGCAGAAACAGCAAUAAUAUUACUGAAGGCUUUGUAGUAACUGGAGCGCAACCCAGCAACAACAACAUCCUCAAAAACAGGAUUAAUAUCCCCUCCAUGCUCUGGUCAGCAUUCUGCUGCUACAGCUCCAACAUGUGCACGUGGUUAGCAAGCGCACACUGGGGCGACAAUGUUACACCUAAAAACAAAUAUCUGGAGACCAAAACUCUGGAAGAACUCCAUCAAGAACUGAGGACAGCGGACUCUGAAUUUAAAGUGUUUCCUGGGACACAGUGUCCUCUCCACACAACUGUCACUGAGUUUUACCCAGGAAUCAAGGACUGCCAAUGCCCACACUCCACUUCACCCACCACUGCAUCUCCCAGCUCAACAUCUGGCAUUCUCACAUCAUCUGGCAAUCUCACUUCAAUAUCUGCCCCUCCUACAUCAACAUCUGUAUCUCCUACAUCAACAUCUGUCCCUCCUACAUCUACAUAUGUCUCUCUUUCAUCUACAUCUGUCCCUCCUACAUCAACAUCUGUCCCUCUUACAUCAACAUCUGUCCCUCCUACAUCAACAUCUGUCCCUCUUACAUCUACAUCUGUAUCUCCUACAUCAACAUCUGCCCCUCCUACAUCAACAUCUGUCCCUCCUACAUCAACAUCUGUCCCUCUUACAUCAACAUCUGUCCCUCCUACAUCAACAUCUGUCCCUCUUACAUCUACAUCUGUAUCUCCUACAUCAACAUCUAUCUACAUCUGUAUCUCCUACAUCUACAUCUGUCCCUCCUACAUCAACAUCUGCCCCUCCUACAUCAACAUCUGCCCCUCCUACAUCAACAUAUGUCUCUCUUUCAUCUACAUCUGUCCCUCCUACAUCAACAUCUGCCCCUCCUACAUCAACAUCUGCCCCUCCUACAUCAACAUCUGCCCCUCCUACAUCAACAUAUGUCUCUCUUUCAUCUACAUCUGUCCCUCCUACAUCAACAUCUGCCCCUCCUACAUCAACAUAUGUCUCUCUUUCAUCUACAUCUGUCCCUCCUACAUCAACAUCUGCCCCUCCUACAUCAACAUCUGCCCCUCCUACAUCAACAUCUGCCCCUCCUACAUCAACAUCUGUCCCUCCUACAUCAACAUCUGCCCCUCCUACAUCAACAUCUGUCCCUCCUACAUCAACAUCUGCCCCUCCUACAUCAACAUCUGCCCCUCCUACAUCAACAUAUGUCUCUCUUUCAUCUACAUCUGUCCCUCCUACAUCAACAUCUGCCCCUCCUACAUCAACAUAUGUCUCUCUUUCAUCUACAUCUGUCCCUCCUACAUCAACAUCUGCCCCUCCUACAUCUACAUCUGUCCCUCCUACAUCAACAUCUGCCCCUCCUACAUCAACAUAUGUCUCUCUUUCAUCUAUAUCUGUCCCUCCUACAUCUACAUCUGUCCCUCCUACAUCAACAUCUGUAUCUCCUACAUCAACAUCUGUCCCUCCUACAUCUACAUCUGUAUCUCCUAG